AUGACUGGCCAGAAGGAGCAGCCGUAUAUGAAGGGCGAACAGAUCCCGACCGUACCUCAUGUGGCUGCUCCAGUUGUCAUCUCGAUCCUGAUCGCGCUGGUGGUGUACCCGGUCUGCUUCGCCCAGGAGCUGGAGGAGAAUUACCGCCAGGGUGCCCCGGACGCAGGUAACCGCACUGUCUGGGAGUUCGGCUGGGGCUACGGCGUGGGCUGGGGCGCGGCCAUCUUCCUCUUCGGCGGCGUCAUCCUGCUGCUCUGCGACAAGGAGUCGGAGGAGAUCUACUACAAGGAGCGGACGAUCCUCCACGAGGAGCGCGCCUGAGCGGCCGCCGGACAGCGGUGGGACGGACACGGACGGCCGCCGCCAGUGUCCGCCGCCGGCGCCGCUCGUGAUACAUCUAGUCGAGGCGCGUCCGCGCAGGUCGCUACGGCUCCGGGCGCGCGGUCCGUGUCGGCCGGUGGGACCGCCCACGGCGGCUCGCUGGAGCGGCGCAGCUCCGGCUGCUGGCCUGGCCAAGGGUGACGGCAGCACCGCCGGGUCAGCCACGGUGUCUCGUUUUCGCUGCAGUUUUGUUUCAGGCAGCUUUGAUUCCGUGCAGAUGGUAUGAGCUUUUGGGACUGCGGCGCCGGGGCUCUUCUCCCGUUGUUGCGCUAGUUCUUUGUUGACCAGUCCACGGAAUCAGUUUCUUGUGGUUAGUACAUGUUGACGAUUCAGGCGUGAGAACAUUUUGAUUAACAAGGGCGGAGCCGCUGUUCUCUUAUUUUACGCUGCUUGCUGGACUAUGACGCUGUCUGAUGUUGAAGUACCUAGAGUUGUGGGCAGCUGGCGAAGCGAGAAGCCAAAGCCGUCACAUAGGUUAUGAGUCGUUAAGAAUGUUGUUUACGAGUCUGCGCGCUGGUGACCCGCACCGGCUGGGCCUGAGAGCAGCUGCAUGUCUGGCUGUCUGUGCGCGCGCCUGUUCUCAUAUCAUCAGAGGGUGCGUGGUGCUCGUGCCGGCCGGCGGGAGCGCGUGCGUUGGGGUGUCCGGCCAGAGCAUGGCAUGGCUCGCCGACCUCCGGCGAGCGGCUGGCGCACGGCCAGCGCCGCUCGUCUUCUGGCCCGUGCUUUACGUGGAGGAGGCAGUCGUGUCGUUACAUGGAAUGGAAGUAAAAUAAACGGCCACGGUGGACAAA